AUGGUAUUAAAUCUGAUUUGGAAUGAUUUACGAUUAAGUCUCGGCACAGUCCAAUCCGGUGUUGAAGAGAACAUUCGUGGUUGCUUAGAAAUAAACUUACCGUACACAACCAUUGUCUGCUUUUAUUUUAACACCAACUUUUUGACUUUGUGGGGUGAAAUUUUAUCUGUAGGCGUCCCUCAUCAUGUACGCCGUACGUCCUUAUCAUGGCUUCCUGUACAUGAUUGUCUAACACUGAAAGAAAGUGCACGAGUCAGUCCUACUCCUGAGUUGAGUCGUACCGAUCGCGCCGAUAGCAGUCUGCGUUCAAGAUUGCAUUUAACAAUCUAUUCUUUACCGCAACAAUAUUGCUAUGGUCUGUUACUGGACUUAAGUUCUCGAUAG